AUGGCCGCCACAGACAUCGCAGCUGCCUUUGCGCCGGACCUCUUGGCCCCGGCCACCGUCUCUGACUUCAACAAACAGUACGAAGCCAGCGAACCCUACAAGCAUGCCGUCAUCCCCGCGCUCAUCAACGAGGACCUCCUCAAAGCGACUCGUCACGAGAUCAUCGAAGAGCUCCGCUUUGCCGAGAAGGAGACCGACAUCUACAAGGUGAACCAAACAGGCGAUCUGGCCAACCUCGACGGCCUACCCGCCGAGGAGGCGGGCAAGCUCCAAAACCUUCUCCGUCUACGCAACGCCAUCUACUCUCAGGAAUUUCGAGACUGGCUGCAGGGCGUCACCGGCUGCGGUCCGCUCAGCGCCAAGAAGAAGGACAUGAGCAUCAACGACUACCGCCAAGGCUGCCAUCUGCUCAACCACGACGAUGUGAUCUCGACGCGCAGGGUGUCGUACAUCCUCUACCUCCCCGAUCCGGACCAGCCGUGGCAGCCGGAGUGGGGCGGCGCACUCGAGCUCUACCCCGUCAGGUCCAAGGGCGUGCCCGACGACGUGCCCAGCAAGAUCAUUCCGCCCAAGUGGAACCAGUUCACGUUCUUCACCGUUCAACCCGGCCACUCGUUCCACUCGGUCGAGGAGGUGGUCCACCCGAGUCAGAGCCGUCUCAGCAUCUCGGGCUGGUUCCAUCGCCCCCAGGAGGGAGAAGAAGGCUUCACCACCGAGGACGAGAAGAAGGAGGCCGAGGUGGAAAAGGAGAUGAGCAGUCUGGAGAGCCUCUCCGCCAAGGAGAACGCCAAACUCUUCGAGGCGUAUCCCGAGCACUUCGCACCCCCGCUGCCAGGAUCGUCGCUAAGUCAGGAGGAGAAGAAGUUCCUGAUCCAGUUUUUGAACCCGGCGUAUCUGGUGGAGAAGACGCAGGAGCAGCUGUUCGAGCAAUUUGGCGACGAGUCGCAGAUCCUACUCUCGGAGGUGUUGCGCAAGGAGAUCGCCCAGCCGCUCGAAAAGGCGUUGCGACAGGCGGACGCCCAAGAUGGGUUCCAAUGGUGGGUCUCUGACAAUGGCGAAGAGUCGACACGCAUCCAAUCGCAUGGUGUGGGAACCAACCGCGCCAGCGAGCAAACCACAGAGACGAAGGAGUGGAGCAUCGCCGGUCCGCCGCACAAGCAGCGUUACGCGGUGCUCUCGGACCAGGCUGCGCCCAACAAAGCCAGCGAGAUCGCCACUUCCCAGAUACCCAACCCGCUCCCUACCGACGCCAGUGCGCUGCUCAAGCUGCUCAGCACAGUGCUCUUCCCCUCCGACGCGUUCCGCCACUUCCUCGCUAACAUCUCGCAGCUCGUCCCGCUCGGCGCCCGACCCGUCGAAGCACGCCGUUUCCGCCCGGGUCUCGACUACACGCUCGCACGCUCCGACACGGACCCCGUACUGGAUGUGACGCUCAACCUCACGCCCGAUGUAGUGAAGCCUUCGCUCGAAGAGGAACGCAAAGCGGGCCCACGCGGUCUCGCCGGCAAGGCGAAGAAGGUCAAGACUGCUCCUGGUGCGUCGUCGUCGACGGGUACAAAGCUGUUGUCGAAGAAGCAGGCGAAGGAUCUGGCGGGCAAAUGGGAGAGUGGCGAUAUUGGUGGUUGGGAGUGCUACAUGGCGCCGCAUGAGGGCGAGGAGGAUCCCGCGGUGUAUCAGAGCGGAAACAGCGGCAAGAAGGCGACGAAUGGUGAGGAGGGAGAUGCGGAGAUGAAGGUUGUCGAUGGGGAGGAAGAGGAAGAGGAGGAGAUCGUGGAGAUGAUCGAAGAUGAUGGAGAAGAGGAUGAGGAUUUCGACGGCGUGCUGCUCAACUUGACGCCCAGCUUCAACACGUUGAGUGUUGUGCUGAGGGACGAAGGCGUGAUGCGCUUUGUCAAGUAUCUGGCGGCGUCGGCGGGCGGAUCGAGGUGGGAUGUGAUCGGGGAGUUUGAGAUUGGUGCCAUUGAGGAGGAGGAAGAGGAGAUGGCGGAAGGUGCCGAAGCAUGA